AUGGGCAACUGCGUGUGCCAGGCAUCCCGGCACGGCGGCGUGCCCGGGACGGCCGACGGAGAGCCGGUGUGGGCAGAGCGGGGGGAGACCUGCGAGGAGGGGAAGACGAAGAGCGUUAAGGUGACGGUCAGGAUGAGCAAGAGCCGGCUGCAGAAGCUGAUGGCGAGUAGGGCCGGUGGUGGGGAAGGGAUGACGCUGGGGAAGGUGCUGGCGGAGAUCGUGAGCGCCGGCGAGGUGGUGGUUGACGUCCGCUGCUGCCGACGGCGCUGGGAGCCCGCGCUGGAGAGCAUCCCGGAGGCCAUGGAGAGUCGUGACGUACGGUGCAUAUAG